CCACAACCUCGUGCAACCCAUCCCACGCGACACGGCGCCUCACCACACAUUGGUACACGAGCAUCACGAAUAACCAAGACCUUGCUGUCUCAUCAGCCGCGACUACCUCACCUCACCGUCGCCCUACCAUACCGAUCAGCUGCAUUCACUCCACAUCUGCAUUGGCUUGAGAUCCUCAGCUCAUUUCUCGAUCCACAAUCAAACCAUCGACUUCCGCGACUACCCUCACGAUCCGGCAUCAUAGGAGGCUCACCGGCUCUAGCAGACCUUGUGCACAGGUUACAGGCGCAGGAUAAGCAACCGAUUUCAUUUGAUACUGACCCACAGUCGUGUUUCUCGACCAAACAUUGCAGUAGCACCCUGUCACCCGCUAUCACGAUGUCGAACAGUUUCUCCAACUCACCAACGGUUGUGCUGCCGCCUUCGGCACCCAGUUCAUACUUCGCCAAUAGCCACUAUGUUCAGCAGCAAGAUAGCAAUGCCCACAUGCUCAAUGGCAUUAGCCCCACGGGUCUGGCGAACGCGAACGCAUUCAAAUCAAAUGCCACCACUCCAGGCUCGAUCGCAGGUCGCAAGCGUUCUCGCGGCGACAUCUUCUCGCAAGACGACGAAGAGGAAGAACAUCUCGAAGACGGUUCGACUGUCACUCCUGGCAAUGAUGGUGGCCCUGUCAAACCUCGAGGCAAGCCAGUUUACGGCCCAGGAAUGCAGAUAUUCUAUCCUGAAGAUGAGGGCUACGUCCAAGCUGCUGAGUCGCAAUCGCAUAUCGAAAAAGAAGAGCUCGACGCCCGCCGCCCAUUCGCUCUGGCGCACUCGAAGCGUCCCAGCGUGACGUCCCGCAAGUCACAGCGCAUGGGCCCUAGUGCCGCUGGUCCAGACGACCUGGCUCAGCUGGUUCUCCCACCGACUAUGAGAGAAGCGACCAAUGAGCCACUGAUCGAUGAAGCCACUCGUCGUUUGGGUAUCAGUUGGACGCGUAUGGAUACCAGUGAGGGCCGUCAAAUCAACCAGAGAGCGUACUCGAAAUGGAUCAGCAACCAUUACCCACAACUCAACGAUGUCUCCAUCUGGUUUGAGAACAGCUCGAUCCCCGGAUAUCUCGUGGCAGCUCUGAACGCCUACAACGGACAGCACGAGUACUACAUCUUCUCUGAAGACCUGACCGAGGCCCGUUUGGUGACCACCGACCCAAGUCAACUUAUUCCGCGCCUCCAGAUGUUGCCGGCUCUUCAUCUUGCGGCCCCCGGAGGAUGCAUCAGAGCUGAAACAGAUCCGAUCACCGCCGACCAGAAUGAAGUCACCAGCGCCAUGGUUGACAGCUUGCAAGCCUACAGUCAACCAAACGGAUGUGCAGCUCAUGCGAUGGAGCUGGACUGAUCGUGCGUGGCUGGAGACGAGCUUCAACUUACUGCACCACUUGCCUUCGACCGAUACAAAACGUGUGCUUCACUAAAAUCAUCCGAUUUGGGCGGUCAAGUCCUUCAAAAGUCGACUCGCGCUCGAGCGCUGGAGUUGGGGUUAUUUUGCUGAGAUCUGCUUCGCGUUCGUUUUCCGUGAGGCUCUACUGGGGCUGAGCCUGCGGCAUAUGCUGUGUGUUACUAUUUGCUGCUGUUACAAAGUGUACUAUAACAUCAAUCAAAUACGAUUUUAUGACCAAAAUUACUCAAUCAAGUACGCG